CUCCGUCUCUCUCUCUCUCUCUGUCUCUCAGGGACCCAAACUUGUUUCAGGAAAAGCGCCUGAACAUAUUUUCUCUCUCGCUAGCUGAACGAGACAGGACGGCCUCGUCAGUGCCAAGGAGAAGGCGUAGACUUCCUCCAAACAUUUCCUCCGCCAUCUCCGCUCUCGAGACUCAACGUUUGGUGGAAUCUUUGUCACGAGAGGAAAGAGGGUUUUAUUUUUUAUUUUUUACCUGCUAUUUCUUUCACCAAAAACCACCUGGUUGUUCCUUUCCUUGAGAGGGAUUCCAGCUUUUCCUCAAACAUCUGAACUUGUUUUGCAGACAUGGACUGGGGAACAGAUCUUUGGGACCAGUACGAUCACAUCGAAAAGCAUACGCAGUGUGGUCACGACCUGGUGGAUCGUUACAUUAAGUUUGUGAGGGAACGGACAGAAAUAGAGCAGAACUACGCCAAACAACUCAGGAGUCUAUCAAGGAAAUAUGCCAAACGAGGGAGCAAGGAAGAGCAAGACUGCAAAUUCAGCAAUCACGCAUCACUUCAAGAGAUCCUGAACGAGCUGAACGAUUACGCCGGCCAACGGGAGCUCAUCGCUGAAAACAUGAUGACUGGCAUCUGUGUGGAACUCACCAAGUACCUUCAAGAUCUAAAACUGGAACGCAAAACACACCUGUCUGAUGCCAAGAAGGCCCAGCAGAAUUUAGAGUUCAGCUUAAAAAACCUAGAAAGUAGUAAGAAGCGCUUUGCCAAGGAGUGGGCGGAGGCUGAAAAAGCCACACAACAAGCAGAGAAAAUAGAGAAUGACCUUAAUGCCACCAGGCUUGAUGUAGAGAAAGCCAAGCAACAUGCCCAUGCCCGGACACACACAGCGGAGGAGUGCAGGAACGACUAUGCUGCACAGCUCCAGAAAUACAACAAGGAACAAAACUUCUUCUACUACUCAGAGAUACCGCAGAUCUUCAACAAAAUGCAGGACAUGGAUGAGCGGAGGAUUCGGCGGCUGGCGGAGGGAUACUGCCAGUUUGCAGACAUCGAGAAAAAGGUGCUGCCCAUCAUCACCAAGUGUUUAGACGGAAUUUCUACAGCAGGGAAGAAAAUUAAUGAGAAACAGGACUCGAUACUGUUCAUAGAGCAGCACAAGUCUGGUUUUGAGCGACCUGCAGAUGUUGAGUUUGAAGACUACAUCCAAGGAAUCAAACCAGCAACCUCUGACUCCAGUCUCAACCCCCCUAAAACUCGUGCCAAGCUCUGGCCUUUCAGCAAGAAGAACAAGGCACAUGCUGCAGAAGAUUUCUCUCACCUUCCUCCAGAGCAGAGGAAGAAGAAGCUACAGGCGAAGAUUGACGACAUCACCAAAGAGCUGCAGAAGACACAGGACCAAAGUGACGCACUGGAGAAGAUGAAGGGUGUGUACGAGAAGAAUCCACAGAUGGGAGACCCCUCCAGCCUGGAGCCUCAGAUCUCAGAAACUGCCCAGAACAUUGGCCGCCUGAAGGGGGAGCUCGCCAAAUAUGAGACGUGGCUGGCAGAAGCAGUGGGAAGAGAGGAGACUUCCAAUGCCAUCAACAAUAAUUCUCAAUAUUGUGUUGUAGCAGCUGAACAGCAUCCGAACAUCUACACAGAGUUCGAGGACGAGUUUGACGACGUAGAAACUCCUGUGGGCCAGUGCACGGCUCUGUACACCUUCGAAGGCAACAGUGAGGGCACCGUUUCCAUUACGGAGGGAGAGAUGUUGACUAUAAUGGAGGAGGAUAAAGGAGAUGGAUGGAUGAGAGUCCUUAGAGCCAGUGGAGAAGAGGGCUAUAUACCUUCAUCCUAUGUCAAACUUGCCCCAUAACACACACACACACACACACACACACACACACACACACACACACACACACACACACACACACACACACACACACACACACACAGCUUGUGAUGGGAAAUAAGUAAAGAGCCAAAGGUUAAUACAAAGUCAUCCACGAUAAUUGGAGCUGUUCUCUACAUCUUUUAUCUCAGCCAGUGACGUUAAUAGUGAGAUGAAAGCGAGUGAUUAGAAAGCUUGUUAUCAAUGAUGACUGCAAUAUCAUACAGUCCCUGUCUCUGUGGCAGGAGAGGCUGUCUCUAAACGCAGACUAUCUGAUCUUUAUAGAUUUAAGCUUUUAAAUCCAAACUUUUGAAUGUAUAUCUGAACUUUUUUGUCACAGCGUUAAGUGACGACUCGUGUAACAUAUUCAGCAUAAUAGUAGCCUAAAAGCUGCAUGUCUUUGUAUCCACUCACUUGACUUUCCCACUGUCAUCUCUGAUAACCUGCUGAACUUCUUUUUGUAACACCAGCCCUCAUCUAAAACUUCUUGCCUGAUAGGAUAAUGUGAGUUUUUUCUUUUUGUCUUAGUGAUGUUAUGUUUUUUUUGACUUAUAACUGGAUGAAAACCACUACUCUAUAGGGAGUGCACACAUUCCAAUAUCUUUCAAUGGACUGUCAUGGUAAAGGGUUCACAUUUUUAAAUGUCUGUCUUACAACAAUAGUGAGGUGCCCAUAUGAAUAUUGAAAUAGGUUUUGCUUGCUGCAACCAUUCCUCUUGUUCAUACAGGCCCUGAAGAGAUCCCUUCCUAAUGUGCUUCUAAUGUAAGUGAUUGGGGGGGGGAGGGAUCUUCCAAAUACAAUUUUAUACUAAAUAGAGUAACAAUGGAAGACUGCCUUAUAUUGGCUUCAAAUAAACACACACAAACCAGGGCUGUGGAUUUCUCCCCUUAUCACUUACAUCGGAGGCACUUUAGGAAAGCAUGUUUUAAUGCCCAGUAUGAACAGGAAGAAUAGUUACAGCAAGCAAAAACUGCUUAAGUGUAUAUACUGUAUGGGCAGGUUUUGUUUCAAGAAGAAAA